UACGAUAGUGAACGAAAUUAAAGCGAUUUGUUCGCUUGUGCGCUAUAAUUCUUCAAAUUUUAGUGCAAAUAGUUUGACAUUGUAAAAUGUAGCUAAUCCUUUAGAACGAAAUCGUCGUGGCAGUUGUAAAACUGCAACUCCAUGAGAUCAAUUCCAUUUCCAUCUCUAGCACGUUGACAUUUACUGAGGAGUGGCGCGCAAAAAGAUGGCUAGCUCGCCGACCAGUAUUGAAAAUCAAAUAGACAGUUUUUUGGAACAGUUCAAACGCAGUGCCUCCCGCGCGAUGGAGGACUCUCAUAGAUCUACUUACAAUGCAUGCAGUAGUAGUAUCAGUCAUAGUCGGAGUGGGAAUCUGGAUCUCGAGAUCUUGGAAGCUGAAGAUGUAGAGAGUAUGACAGGUGAGAUUGAAAAUGGAGAUUUGGCAAUCCGUGAUGUUGCAGACCUUCUUCAAUCACAAUAUGCUAUCAUAGCAGGAGGAAAAACUCGAGAAGGAUGUCCCAUAAUUACUUUUCCUGAUAAUGGUAAUUUUCAAAAUUUAUCUGAUUUGGAUUAUCAACGUCUCAUGCUAUAUCUUACAUCUGUACCAACAUUACAAGAAGCUGAUCUUGGAUUUCAUUUAAUAAUUGAUAGAAGAAAUGAUAAAUGGAAUUCUGUAAAAACUGUGUUAUUAAAAAUUUCUGGCUUUUUUCCUGGUUUAGUUCAUAUAGCAUAUGUUUUACGUCCAGCAGGAUUUUUACAAAAAGCUAUUUCAGAAGUGUCAAAUAAAUUAUUUAGAGAAGAUUUUAAAUUUAGAGUUAUAUUUUUAGCAAAUAUUGCUGAGCUUCAUGAAUUCAUAGAUAAAGAUCAACUAACUGAACAAUUGGGUGGUACUUUGCCAUAUUGUCAUCAUACUUGGAUACAAAACAGAAUUAGCUUAGAAAAAUUUUCAUCAAUGACUCAAGACGUAUCUUUUGCAUUGGAUUCUUUCACACGGCGCUUAGCCGAAAUUGAAUUUCCUAAUAAUACUGUUGCAACUACAUCUUUAUUAUCUCAACAACAAGUAGAAUAUAAUGAAUUAAAAGAAGAAAUUCUUAGUGCUGCAAGACAUGGUGAAGCAUUACUUGAUAGUGUAAGACAAUUAACUGGCAAAGGAACAGCUGAUAGAUUAGGAAAUGUGGCAGCUAUAGAAAGAUUACUUGUUCAAUUAGAAGAAACAGAACGUACUUUUGAUUUGUUUUGGACACAUCAUAGUUCUCGUUUGAGACAUUGCUUAGCAUUGAGACAAUUUGAAGCUGAUUUUAGAGAAUUACAAGCAAUAUUAGAUCAACAUUUAAAAACUAUAGAAGAAAUGACGGAAGUAGGAGAAACUCAAGCAAGAGUUGAACAAUUACUUUGUGAUACAUCAGCAUUUCAAAGAAUAUGUAGAGGAGAUAUAGAACGAGCAGAAGAGGUAAUAUCUGCUGGUCAACAAUUAUUAUCUGGAAGGCAUCAAUGUCCUACAGAUGUUGUAGAACCAAAAUGUGUGGAAUUACAAAGAAUUUGCACUAUUUUAAGUCAGAAAUUGGAAAGGCGAUUACAUAUGUUAACCAAAUGUAGAGAACUCAUGGAACGUAUAGAUAAGGCAAAUGCGUGGUGUACUCGUGGAAUAGAAUUACUUGCAUCACAAAACAAUGCAACACCACCUGAUCAAGCACUUCAAGAGUUACAAGAAUUAAUAGAAGCUGCUGAAGAAUUUCAUCAUCCAAGAUGUAUUUUUCAAGAUUCUAUAAUGCCAGAAACUAAAGCUCUUAUUACUCAAGUUUUACAAAGAAUAGAAGAUGUAUCUUUGAUGUGUGAUAAAAGAAUAAUGACAUUAAAACAACAAUUAAUUAAACCAGCAAGACCAGUUCAGACUGUAACACCUGAACCAAUUAAACCAUUGCAAUCACUGCCACAAAUUGUUAAACCUGGAAGAAUUCUUAAAAAGGCUAACACUAUGCCAAAAAUGGAAAUGAGUCCUAUAGAAGGAGAAUCUUCAUCACCAGAAAGUGAAUCUAAGGAUAUAGAAGCUUUACGUUUAAAACGUGGACAUGUUUUAACAGAACUAGUUGAAACUGAACGAAUUUAUGUUGCUGAAUUGGGUUCUAUAAUCAAAGGAUAUAAAAUGGAAUUAACAAAUGAGGGAAUGACUCAUUUAAUACCAGCAGUAUUAAUAGGCAAGGGAGAUAUUUUAUUUGGGAAUUUAGAAGAUAUUUACAUUUUUCAUGGAGAAACAUUUUUAAAAGAUUUAGAAAAUUGUAUUUCAAAUACUGAACUUGUUGCAUUAUGUUUUGUACAAAGGCGAGAAGUGUUCUUCAGAUUAUAUAGUUACUACUGUCAAAAUAUUCCAAGAUCUGAAAGAUUACGAGAACAGGUACAAAAUGAACCACAAUUUCUUGCAGCUUGUCAGCAAAGACUUGGUCACAAAUUACCUCUUGCUGCAUAUCUUUUAAAACCUGUUCAACGUAUAACAAAAUAUCAAUUAUUAUUAAAAGAUCUUUUAAAAUAUAGUGAUGAACCAUCGUGUUGUACUGAAUUACAAGAAGCAUUAGAUUGUAUGCUUGUUGUAUUGAAAUGUGUUAACGAUAGCAUGCAUCAAACUGCAAUUACUGGAUUUGGUGGAGAUUUAAAUGCACAAGGUGAACUUUUAUUGCAAGGUUCUUUCAGUGUAUGGAGUAGCAGUAAACGAGAACGACUUCUCAGGUUAAAACCAUCACAACGCCAUAUAUUCUUAUACGAAAAGGCUCUUAUAUUUUGUAAGCAUAGUAAACCCCAAGCUCAUAACAAAGCUACAUAUCAUUUCAAAAGAUAUCUAAAGAUGUCACAAAUUGGACUGACAGAAUCAGUAAAAGGUGAUGCAAGACGCUUUGAAAUUUGGUUACAAGGUCGUGCUGAAGUGCAUACGAUACAGGCAUCUACAGUUGAUGUCAAACAAUCGUGGGUGCGUCAAAUUAAAGGUGUUUUAAUGUCUCAAUUAGCUGAACUUAAGGGAAAACAAAAUUCUGCUCUUGGAAAAACAAAUCACAAACCUUUACGACAAACGAUUUCAUGGGAAGCUCAAAGCAGUAUUUCAGGAUCAUUGAGAACUCUUUCAGUUGAUGGUAGCAGUGUUAUAUCGCAUAUUACAGAUAUUUCACAAUUAACUGAAGAUGAUGUUGCAUGGAGUUCAGAGAAUAGUAAUACUGAUGAUGAAGAUGCUUUUAGUGAAAAUCCCGGUCCUGCUCCUGGUGGAAGAUAUAUAGCAUUAGCUGAUUAUUGCGCAGUUGGUCAAUCAGAAGUUACAAUGCGCGAAGGAGAUAAUUUAGAACUUCUUAAAGUUGGAUGUGCUGGUUGGUGGUUUGUAAAAUUAAUAACUACUGGAAUAGAAGGAUGGGCACCAGCAGCUUAUUUGGAACCAAUAAAUCGAAAAACAUCACGCAGUUCACAAUCAGUUAACAGUCAAGAAACUAUUUGAAAUAGGCGUCUAACACACUAGAAUUUCCUAGUGUGUUAGAUUCAUAUUUAUAUUCAAUAAACAGUAUCACUUAUUGAAGUGUAGCAUUAACAAUCAUAUAUUGGAAAGUUUUGUAAUACAAAGAUAUAAUCAAGACUUUAAAAAUUUUGCAUAAAUAUAUAUAUGAAAUAUAUAUAUAUAAAAUAUAUAUAUGAAAUUUGUUUUAAACUGUAUAAUAUAGCAAUAUAUGUUUGAUUAAUUGAUUAAUCUGUGAAUAAUUACAAUUAUAUAUGAUAUAUAUGAUAUCUGAAAUAAAAAAUUAGAUUAUGUAAUCCAUAAAUUUUAAAUAAGAAAUCAGGGAAUGAAAAAUGCAUGAACUUUUUUACUAGAUAAAGCAUAUUAUGAAAAAA